AGGCGGAGUCAGAUGAUAAAUGUGAAGUCAGUUGAAGGGAAGCGGUUAGUAGAGCAAGGUUCUCCUUCCGCUGUUCGUAUUGUGCUGAGAGCAGUCUGAUAUCGCUGGGAGGAAAAUGUACGGGCUGUGGAAAGAGACCCUGGCUCUUGCAGAGGACUACCUGUCCCUGUGCUGCACAAGCCCACGGCCAGCCCCUCCACCUCCCAGCGAGUCAGCCGCUGCCAUGAGAUUCCUGGCCCACGACAUGGAGACGCAGCACCAGGCUCGCUUCCACACCCUCGCUCAGACCUUCCUGAAGCACUGUGGGCCGGACCUCUGCUCCAGCCUCAGGAAGGUGAUGGAGGAGUUGGUGGGAGACGGACACUUGAACUGGGGGAGGGUUGUUUCCCUUUUCACCUUUACUGGGGUGCUGGCCAGACAGCUGAUGGAGCAGAAGGGCAUGAAGCCGGGGCUGGACUCCGGACAGGGGCAGGAACUGGGACAGGAUCCUGGAAACUGCAGGGCGCUGGCUGAGACCAUAGCUGAUUACCUGGGAGAGGAGAAGAAAGACUGGUUCCUGGAGAAUGACGGAUGGGAGGGGUUCUGUAAAUUCUCCGUCAGUGCCAGAGAGGGGAGUCAGGACUCGUCCAUGAAGACAGCACUGUUUGCUGCUGCUGGUGUGGGCCUCGCUGGACUCACCUUCCUCCUGGUGCGCUAGCUAGCCCUCGACAUCCUAAACACAUCCUCUUAAAUGUUCUCAUUUCAUGUGGCACAAUUAAGUAGACAUUUGAAUUCUAACAUCAGUGCUGCAAAAACAGGCUUAAUCUGUAGUGAAUUCAGGGUUGUAAUCUCAAGUCAUCAACUGAAUGUUUGCACAUACUUGGACCACACACACACACACACACACACCCCACACGCAUUAAAACUGACAAUUUGUCAAUUGCUCCUUAAGAUUGUAAAAAUUCUCAAUGCCUUCAGAAAUUUUGGAGUGAGUGACAUCAGCUUGCAUAUUUAAGUACUAAAGCACAGGUUUCUGCACAGAAUCAUCUUGCUCUUAAAGUUUUGUAUUUUCAAAUGUGCAGCUGAAAGACUUAAUUUCAAUUUUCCCACAGCUUUUGGUUUUUGAUUUUAAAAUUGUUGCUGCCUUUUUAUUCAUGUGUUUACCUGAAUUGUGUAUGUGAUAUAGAGCCAUUGUAGUGUACAAUGUAUAAAUUAAUAUAUUAUAUUUAUAUGAAAUGAAACUACGCAGUGGCCCCUUUUCUAACUGAUCCACAGCUAAUCCAGGUGUUUCAUUGUUUUCAAGUCUGUCCUGGAUUCAUGUGAAAUGUCUGUGAUUCAUGUGGGUCAUCAGAGCGGAAUACAGCGCUCAUGACAACACAGCGGUGCUAGAUAUGUUGUGAAAUGUUUCUCAUAUCAAUUUAACAAACCAGGGACCAAUCUGACUUCAUACAUGUUGCAAUUAGAACAAACCGUUGUUAUGGCAUCCCCCCCCCCCCCACACACAGAUCUCCUAAACAUAUUUUUUACAUUGUUUUAGUCUAUUUAU